AUGGCCACGGCAGAAGACUAUCGGCGCAUGGGCGUUUGGGCGUCUGUCAAGGAACCAGACCAGAACAUCGACCGUCGAAAAUGCACUCGUCAAGUUCCAAUGGAAGUACUCUGCUUCGGUCUGCCACGAACAGGCACGCAGAGCAUGCAAGAAGCGUUGACUAUCCUCGGCUAUCCGACCUACCACUUUUCUUCGAUAUUCCGCAAUUGUCGAGAUGGCGAAAUGUGGAAAGACGCCAUAAGUGCCAAGUUCAAGGGCGUGGGCCAAAAAUAUGGAAAGGAAGAAUUCGAUCAGUUGCUGGGACACGUCAGCGCCACGACAGAUGCUCCCUCGAUCCUGUUCUGGGAAGAACUCAUGGAGUACUAUCCAAGCGCGAAGAUCAUCCUGGUGGAACGGGACGUCGAGAAAUGGGUCGCAAGCAUCUCAGUCCUGCUGGAAGGAAUCCUCAACCCCUUCAGUCGAUACGUACUCCAAUACACGGAUCCAUGGUACUAUGCCAGAAUCGCAGGCUGCGGAAUGCGAUGGAUGGAGGCACUGUGCGGCUCAAUGGAGUUCCAGACAGCCAAAGCCAACGCUCGAGCAUCGUAUCGGAGACACUAUGAGCGUGUGCGAGAUACGGUGCCUAAGGAGAGGAUGCUCGAAUUUGAGCUGGGUCAAGGGUGGGAGCCACUCUGCAAGUUUUUGGACAAACCGGUGCCGAAUGUGCCGUUCCCGCACCGCAACGAGGCGCACACCACCAAGGCGGGCAUAGAUGUUUUCAUUGUGAAAGCGCUGAUGAACUCCUUACGGAACAUAGCGGUGGUGCUUGGGUUCGCGGCCAUAGCGAUGUAUCUUGUCCGCCUGUGGCAGUGA